AUGGAUUUUUCGAGGUUAGGCAGAGAGGAGAUCAACUCAUCGCACUGGGGGGCAGUGCACGGUCCAUUCAUGAUGGAGGAGCUUAUUUGCCAGAAGAAAAACAUGAUGACCUCAAGAGGAGUUUUCAUGAACAGUAACCCUCUCAAAUACUCAAUGCCUAUUCUCUUCGUUCAAAUGUCAGUCAUCAUCCUCCUCUCUAGGCUUAUCUUCCGUAUCCUUCAACCUUUAAAACAAGGAAUGAUCUCUGCUCAAGUCUUGGCUGGUGUUAUUCUAGGACCCUCUCUCUUAGGACAUAACAUGAAAUACAUGGACUUGUUCCUUCCCCCUCAAGGCAAGAUCACUUUACAAACGCUUUCAAACGUCGGUUUCGUCAUCCAUCUCUUCAUCCUCGGCCUCAAGAUCGAUGCGAGUAUUAUCAAGAAAGCCGGUUCUAAAGCCAUACUCAUCGGCGCAGCCUCUUACGCCUUCCCUUUCUCCCUAGGGAACCUCGCGGUUAUAUUCAUUAACAGCACCUUGGGACUUCCACUUGACGUUGUUCGCUGUGCGAGCACCGUCAUCUCCUUGAGCUCCAUGACCACAUUCCCGGUUACAACCACGGUCUUAGCCGAGCUUAACAUCCUUAACUCCGAGCUAGGACGGUUAGCCACCAACUGUUCAAUGAUCUGCGAAGCUUGUAGCUGGUUUGUGGCUCUAGUUUUUAAUCUCUACAAGCGCGAGCGGACGAUGACUAGCUUUUAUGCGGUUUUCAUGGUCGUGGCUCUUCUUGGUAUGAUUUAUGGCGUCUUUAGACCUUGCAUCGUAUGGCUCACCGAGAGGAAAAGCAAAUCUAUGAACAACAAAGACGUGAUCCCGUUUUACCCUAUCCUCUUGGUUUUGUCCAUAGCUAGCCUUAGCGCAGAGGCCAUGGGCGUCCACGCCGCGUUUGGAGCGUUUUGGCUAGGCGUUUCGCUCCCUGACGGUCCGCCUUUGAGCACGGAACUCGCUACGAAGCUCGACAUGUUUGCUUCCAAUAUGUUUAUGCCUUGUUUCAUAGCCAUUGGUGGGUUUCAAACUAAUCUCUUUGAGAUCGCAGAGUCACAUGAGAACCAUGUGAUACUGAUUGAAGUCGUUCUUUUGAUCACUUACGGCUGCAAGUUCCUUGGAACCGCGGCUGCGUCUGCUUACUGCAAAAUCCAGAUCGGAGACGCACUUUGUUUGGCUUUCAUUAUGUGUUGCCAAGGUAUCAUCGAAAUCUACACUACUGUCGUGUGGAAAGACGCUCAGAUGAUUGAUACAGAAUGCUUUAAUCUGGUGAUAGUAACGCUUUUGCUCGUAACCGGUAUUUCACGGUUUCUUGUCGUGUACCUCUACGAUCCUUCAAAACGUUACAAGAGCAACAGCAAACGAACGAUCCUCAACACGAGACAACGUAAUCUUCAGCUUCGUCUUCUUCUCUGCCUCUACAACGUUGAAAACGUUCCUUCAAUGGUGAACCUUUUAGAAGCUACUUACCCGACACGGUUUAACCCAAUCUCAUUCUUCACGCUGCACCUUGUCGAGCUUAAAGGCCGAGCUCACGCAGUCCUCACGCCGCACCAUCAGAUGAACAAACUUGACCCUAACACGGCCCAGUCUACACACAUUGUCAACGCCUUCCAACGUUUCGAGCAAAAAUAUCAGAAUACUCUCAUGGCGCAACACUUCACCGCAGCCGCACCAUUCUCGAGUAUAAACAACGACGUAUGCACGCUCGCGCUCGACAAGAAGGCGACGUUAAUCGUGGUUCCGUUCCACAAGCAGUACGCAAUCGACGGAACGGUAGGACAAGUCAACGCGCCCAUCCGAAACAUAAACAUGAAUGUCCUUGAAGCAGCACCUUGUUCGGUCGCGAUAUUCAUAGACCGAGGGGAGACCGAGGGACGUCGCUCCGUAUUGAUGACCAACACCUGGCAGAACGUGGCGGUUCUCUUCAUCGGAGGCCGUGACGACGCGGAGGCGCUCGCGUUAUGCAUGAGGAUGGCUGAAAAACCGGAGCUUAACGUCACGAUGAUACAUUUCCGCCACAAAAGCUCUCUUCAGGACGAGGAUUACAGUGAACUUGCUGAGUACAAUCUAAUAAAUGAUUUCAAGAGCUACGCAGCGAACAAAGCGAAGAUUCAUUACGUAGAGGAGAUAGUGAGAGAUGGCGUGGAGACCACGCAAGCUAUUAGCUCGCUUGGAGAAGCUUACGACAUGGUUUUAGUGGGUCGAGACCAUGACCUAGAGUCUGCGGUCUUGUACGGACUCACGGACUGGAGUGAGUGUCCUGAGUUAGGUGUGAUCGGAGAUAUGUUGACGUCGGCGGAUUUUCAUUUCUCGGUGCUCGUGGUUCAUCAGCAGCAAGGGGAUGAUGCACUACUCAUGGACGAUAGUUAUAAAUUGCCUGCUGAGCAUCAGAAGGUUGGAGAUAUGCGAAUGCAACCACGCUUCUCUGUUGAAGAAGGUUUCACUACCAUUGAUCUCGGAAAAAAUUAG